AUGGAACCUUUUCAGCAUCAGGGACAAAUUCAGAAAUAUAGAAGGAAACUUGGAAUGCCUUAUGCUAAUUCCAACUGUAAUGGAAAAAUCUGGUUCUUUGUACAACACAAUGUUAAUGUUGAGGUUCUAUUGGAUACUGAGCAAUCCAUUACUGUAAAGCUGCAGUUUCAAGAUUUCAAUAAAGAUAUGGUGGUUACAAUGGUGUAUGCUAAAUGUUCAAAAGUGGAGAGAAUGCAGUUGUGGGACAGUUUAUACCUCUUGGCUAGUAAUAUGACAUCUCCUUGGCUAGUUGGUGGAGAUUUCAAUGUUAUACUGAAUGAAGAAGAAGAAAUAGGAGGUUUACCAGUUUUUCCACAAGAAUAUGAAGAUUUUGUUUUUUGUCUGAAUUCCUGUGAGUUGCAUGAGAUGUCUUUCAAAGGGAGUCCUUUCACCUGGACUGGUUCUGAUCAUGCACCAUUACUUGUAUCAUGUGGAGAUCAACUGGAAAAGUUUAUCAAACCAUUCAGAUUUCUCAAAUUCUGGGUGGAACAUGAUACUUUUCUUGACUUUGUUAAGCAGCAAUGGGAAACAGUCUUAACUGAUGAUGUAUUUCUGUCAUUUAAGCUCAAGAUGAAGAAACUGAAAACUGCUUUAAGUACAUGGAGUAAGACUACUUUUGGGGACAUUUUUAAGCAACAUGUUAUCAGAGAGGAAAUAGUUAAGAUUAAAGAGAAGUUGUUUGAGGAAAAUCCAUCUGAGGAAAAUAGAAUGGUUAUGCAAAGGGCACAAGCAAAACUUAAGCUGUAUCUUCACUAUGAGGAGGAAUUCUGGAGGCAAAAAGCUAGGAUGGACUGUUUUUCUGAAGAUGAUAAGAAUUCAAGAUAUUUUCAUAGUCUGGUAGAACGAAGAAGAAAAAGAAUCCAGAUUAGGAGGAUUAAAGAUGAUGCUGGUAAUUGGCUUAAGGAUGUUGAUAGUGUUGCUACUCAAGCUGUCAACUUUUUCCAUAAGCAAUUUACUCAUGAGGAGGUUAGUGAAGAUUCUCCAAUUUUUAAUCAUAUUCAAGAGCUGAUCAGAGAUGAGGAUAAUAUACUACUUGCUGAACAACCUACUAUGGAGGAAGUAUAG